AUGAAGUUUUGUACUUUUUACGUAGGCGUUUCUUGGAAAAGGGGGGGGGGUCGUAGAAUCUGAUAAGAAGUACUCAUAAAGUCAUUCACAAAGCGUUAGAAAUAAAUUUUGCAACGCGUUACGCAAUAAACUGAAGGAGCCAAAAAUACAUAUCACUAUUUUCAAUCACGCAACGCGAACUUAAUUUCAACGCUUUUUCAAAAGAGCCAAAGAGCUACUGACACUUCACCGAAUAGAUUUUUUCAGAAUAAAAAUCCAAAUCAUGUUGAUCUUGAUUUUUCAAAGAUAAGGGGUGUCAUAACGAGGUUUUUCAUUAUUUUUUCCAUUUGAAUAAUUUUUAUCCAGUUUUUUUUACCAUCAUAUCAAAAUUGAAAUCCUGCUUCUGAAUGUAUUUAAAUCGUUUUUAAAUUCAAAACUCGAAAACGGGAACUUCUAAAUCAGGUCCUCAGCUCACUUUCCUUAGCAAAAGUAUAAAAAAAAAAUUAAUGAACUCUUGCGUAGUUAGAAGGAGGUUUGAGACUAGUUUCAAACUUUCAAGGAAAAAUAAAUCAGCGAAACAGUGGGGAAACGAAGAUUGAAAAGGUCUUUCUGACGUUAUCGGCCAGUGGCAGCGGCUUUUUAUUCCCAACCAUACGGUUUGGUCUUACGAGUGAUAAGCGCCGUGGCUUCAUGUGCUUGGAUAGGUUCGUCUGCAUUUUCAGCAGGUCUCUCCUAUUCCAAGCCUUCUGUGUGCUUCUUAGACCCGCGUGAUUUUGCAAGGCUGGCGCGUGAAUGAUUUAUCAUUUCGAUCAGGGAUUAUUUUUAGGAACCGGAAUCACGUUUUGUUUUGAGUCAUUGCUGAUCUUUUUUUUGAAUGAUCAGUCUUGAGCAAAAAUUAUAAUUACGUUGUGGAAUUAUUUUCUUGGUCUACAAAAACACGGCGAAAUGGGAAUAGAGCGAAUUUGACUUUCUUCUGAAAAGAUCCACAAAUUACACUGGCCAAUCGGCGCAUCCACAAAAAUAGCUAACGCGUAUCCUAUUCAUUAACGGACGAUGUGGAUACCCCGAUUGACCUUUUUAUGCUUUCCGAGUAGUUUCUAUUUUUCAUCAUAAGCCUGCUGAUUCCGUUUUUUAAAAACUUUUGAUACUCAGUAGUUUUUGAGAGUAGUUUGCAUCGUUUUGUCAACUCAUCAACAGUCACACUGUCUCAUGUUCUAUGGAUACUUGAUUUGUGGGUGUCGUUGAAAUGCGCACAGGCUACACUUAUCAGCAGAGUCUAAUCAGCUCAAUUCUACUUGUCAUUCGAUUAAGGGAUUAUGUCUCAGUCGAGGUAAAAUUGGAAGAACUUUCAAUCAAACAAACAAAGAAAAAAAAAGUGAGGGAAAGAUAAAAGAAGAAAGAAUUCCUGAAGAUUAUCAACGAUGAUUUGCAGCAGUCAUGGUAGAAAGUGACGAAAUAACCUGGGAAACGAGGUUGCAGAACCAUUCGAGUUCUUUGACUCAGUUUCUGGAGUCGAAACGGUAUGGAAGGGAGAGGAUCUUCUGAAAAAUAGUUCGAAAUAUUCAGGGAAAAGUUGCUUUCCGAUUUCCCCGACAACCGCGAAGAAGCUCUCACAGAAAUCGUCCAAGUCAUCUGUGCAUUAUCUCCCGACUUCCUGAGCGAUGAGCAAGGUGCUCUUGGGAAAUUCGUCCAGUUUCUAAAUUGAACAUUUUCAGUAGCUCUGCUUUUAGAGUUUCUUCUGUCACGUUUGGAAUCUUCUGCCUUGGCCGGUGGCUCUGUCAUUUCCGGUAUCCAUCAUUUGGUUAGAAAAGAAAAGUCUCAGAAAAUGAGCAUUUUUUUGAGGUGACAAGAUGCAAAAAUCUUCCUGAAGGAUUCGAAAUGCCUCUUGUAAGAUUCAUGUUCAAGUGAGUUUCCGGUUUCUUGCGAUUAUCAACUGAAAUUAAGAGAAGGAAACGUGCAAUCGUGGGCUCAGAAAGAUCGGCAGUUACAGUACGAAGUUCUGCAAUGGCUGCUGAAAAGACGUCUCAGUCGUGAGUUUCCAAUUUCUCAGAAGAGGAAUCUUCUUUUGAGUCUUGCAAGCGUUGGGCGUCGACUUUGUUGCCACCUUCAUCAAGACGAUUUCCGGCGAACGAGACCCGCGGUGUCUUUUGGCCGCUUUCCAAAUGUUCGUGACGGUCGCCAAAAACUUCGGUAUGGGUAAGUCGAAACGAAAGUUCACAUCAAAAUGAUUGAAGUUAAAGUUUGAUGCGAAAGGACAAUUUGGAGGAAGGCGCUGAUAGGCUAUAAAAAGAUAUCCAUUAACUUGCUUUAUUUUGAAUAUUCUGAAGUUUCAGACUCACUAGUGAGGCUAUUUAGCUGAUAAAUGAAAGAAGUUUUCUAGCUAUCUGUAAGUUCCCAUACAAACUAUUAAAUAAACUUGCUGCUUAGUUGAACAGAAAUUGGAUUUUUAACUGCUGAUGCCUUAAUGGGUUAGCGCUUCUGGAAUGAAAUUCCAUAGUUCAUUGUAGAUUUUUCAAAAAAGCCGUACUUCUCUGCAGCAUUGCCAAAGUCGUUUUUUUUUAAAAAACGGUUUAUUGCAUCUUCAAUGUAAGAGUACAUGUGCAAUCGACUUUCAUUGAUUUAACUGUGUUUAAACGGCGGCAGGAGCUGUGGCUUAGGCAGAGAAGUUGUGAAUUUCGCUCGUAGAACAUCAGGUACAAGAGUCGUAACCCAGUGAAUAAAAAGAAAUUCAAUUUUCAGGGCCGUUCUCUGAAGAGAUGUUCGAAACGAUCGCAUGCUACUUUCCUGUGGAGUUUAAAGCAGUAAGUUUCCUCUCGAGAACAACCAAACCGGAGAAUUUGAGUCGGCCACGGAAAAGUCGAUCAGCCGCGCCUACCUGUCGACCUGCUGCUCGGCGUGUCUUGUCGCCUCGCCCAACUUCGCCGACUUCUGUUUCCUGCUCAUCGCCGAGAAGUUUGAAGACGACGAGUGCUCGCCUGAACAGAAGGACGACGUCUGCGCUCUUCUGGCACGUCGGUCGUCUAGCAAUCUUUCUUAAAUUACAUCUACAGGCGUUGGCCGCAGAUACUUUCCCCUCUAGAGCUGUUUUACAACAUUUGAAAGAUUUACUUGCCGGUUUGCGGAUGGUCGGCCUAAAUCCAAAAAAUCGUGGUAUAUUUUUGAUAAGGGAAAGGAAAUAUUGGAACUGACAGGUGAAAUGUCGGGAGAGGUAGACGAAGCACUAGGAGCGCUUCUGAGGACCGUUCGAAGACUGGAAGAGCCGAAAUUCGAGUGGGGAUGCAUCGAUUCGUUCAUCGAAAGUGAGUGUUGUGAAGAGAAUAGAUUUUGUUCUAAAAAAAAAUAUUGAAUACAUCGAAUUGAUCGAACUUUGAAAGUGAUGGGUUUUUAAACUUUUUUUUUGAAAGGAAGUUUGAUAACGGAUUUUGAAAAUUGACGGGUUGAAGGAUUCAUGGUUGAAUUUCUUUUCUUGCAUUAGGUCGAAAAAGGAUUGAACAAUUUUCUGUCAAUAUCUUCGCUUUCUGUUCAAAGUUCUCCUGAAAAGUAGGAGGCGUAAUUCCAAAUACUGUAUAACAAUUUGAAUUAAGGUUCUUGGUUUUUGAGGACAGGAUGGAUAACUUUCAGACCUCGAACCUUUUGUGCUCCAAGCUGAGAUGGGCCUCUCCGGGAAAGGUUUUCGGCUAUUGCGCUGCGCCUUCAACAACGCCUCGAAUGUCGGCGCGCGGAAGAUUUUGGGUCAAGCUCUGGCGUGGCUCACGACUUUAGUCCAAGGUGAAUCUGGAGCUCAUCCGAAAUCCACGAUCUCGACUGCAGGCGACAGCGUUAACGUCGCUGCGAACAAGGCAGAGAUCAUCGGAGAAUCUCUUGUUUUUCUGGUUGAAUGGGUCGAGUUGGCCGCCAGUCGGCCAGAAGUUGGAGGUUCGGCUAAGUGAGAUGGAAGUUGCUGUAAUCUCCGUCUUACAGAGCCCUCUCUGACAUCUUACGAAUCAAACAUUUUCGCUGCUAUUGACGUGGCUCGGGAAUACGUGCCCAGCAAGUCUGUUGAAGCCCUUCAGAAAUGUGCUAUUGUAAAGAAAGAUCUUCUUUUCGAUUUACUAUCUUUUGAUGUAGGUUUAUUGUGAACUGAAGAGUUAUUCAAGUGAACUGCGUUCUCGAAUAGAAAUCAUGGUGAAGAAUGGGUUGACUACCGUGAUGAUUCCCGAAGAAAUGUAGGCCUCCAAUUAUAUUUCUUCUGAUAUUUCCUUUUUUAGACCAAGUUAUCUUGAACUGGUUGCGAAAUGCGCGAAAAACUCUUUGUUCGAAUUGGAUCUCACUGCCAUUGACUCAUGGAGUUAGUCUGUUUUUUUAUGCAAGACUAACUUUUUCAAAUUUAAGACAGGCAAAAGAUCAUUCCCGUUUUGUGUUCAGCAAUCACAGAUCAAGCUUCUUGGGAGUUAUUGAAGGUUCUUAUUGAGAAAGAGCUUAGAAAAAGAGUCGAAGACAGCUCAGGUGAGACUGAGACAAAAUGAAAAGGCGAAUUCGGAUUAAGACGACCUGUCGACGGCUCUUUCGGCCUACGUCAGCAUGUGCUCGAGAAGUCAGCCCAGCGAGGAGCUGGUCUACGGCCAAAUCCUCCAUUUCGCCCACAUUCUGACAUCGGUCAGCCAUCAAAUUCCAGAUUCCUUGGACAGAAUUAACAAGAAGAUACCGUAAUUGACACUGUUUGAGCAAGAAAUUCGUGAAAAACGAAAUCUUCUUUUUUGCUCUUAAGCUUCUCAGAAGUUACUGAUUCCGAUGCGAUCCUUGUAGAUUUUCGAAAAAGAAAAAACUUAACACUUUUCCAAAUAAAUAAAGAUUUUGAUUCUACAGAUGCCAGACAGUGGUUCCGAAGAGCAAGAGCAGCUUUUGGGAGCAAGUCUACAGAAAAUGACCCUCCUGCUCUCGUCGACUUCUCACUCCAACUUCAUGUCCACUAUCUCAGCUCUCUUCCGAGGUUCUACAGUCAAAGAAUCGAGUCUUUAUCUUCUCGAAGAACGCUUCUCCUUGUCCUUCUUACAAUGCGAGGUAUUGCUAAUAUUGGCUGGAAUUUCGAAAUUAAUCUAAACAAAAAAAUGAAUAACUAGUCAAUGUUUUUUUUGUACAUGUAAACAUUACUGCAUUUUAUAGCAACUACGAUUAUUCAGAGGAAAGAUCUUUUGGAAGAAGCUCGGACGUCUUCUCACAUGAGUAAGAAGUUCAAAAAUCGAAUUCUUUUUGCAUCUGUCAAUCGUGGAUUCGUCGAGAAUCAGGAUAUUUCGGCAACAGAGUGAGUUUGGAUUCCAAAUGAUUUUUGAAAAGAUUUUUUCAGAGAAUCGGCAGUAGUAGUGAAAGCACUACUACUACGCGAGACUCCAAAAGGUAUCAGGCUCCUGAAAGAGGUUGUAUCUGUAAUUUUGUAGCAUCCAUAUCCUUAUUUUUAGCUUCUUCUUGAAGCUUCGAACAGGUCUCAAAGUGACGAGGAGUUAGAGAAACUAUUUCCCUAUUUGUUGGAUUUCAAUAGGUUGGACUCAGAACCGACGCUGUGUCGAUAUGAAACAAACGGACCUCUCUGGCGUCAAAGGUCUGAUUUUGCGUUUUUCAAAAAGUUCAAAAGUUGAGCUUAGAAUAUUCUUCAUGAUCGUGCCUGCCUACAAAGAAGUUAUCGACCUUUCUUACUCAACAGGUUCUCUAUACUAUUAUCACAAACAUUGUUUAACUGAUUCAGCUGGAAAAGGCAUUUUAUACGGAUUUUUGCCGCCUUUGCUGGAAUUCGCUCAAUCAUUGGGAAACCCUCACAUCAAGGAUCAGUUCUCUAUAGUUAAUUUUUCCUUUUUUAGCAAGAAAAAGUGGGGUUUCCAGCUUUUGCCAAUGUUCAUGGACUCUCUGAGAAGAGAUGAGGCUCUUUCGACUUCGGUUUUUCGGUCGAUCCCUUCCUUCAUCCAGGUCGCCGAGGUUUUGGACCCACAGAACAUCGCAGUUCUUGUCAACCGAAUCAGCAACGUCAUAAAUAAUGAUUCUACCAAAAUGGUAACCGCCCUAUACACAAAAUGAAGGAAAGCGGGGCUUUUUCACAGAAGGAAAAACGCUAAAAAAAUCUGGAUAAUUAUAAAUUUAAAUUUGAACGAAAUCAAUUAUUUUUUUGUUGUCCACAAGUUAGCAAAAAAAUUAAGGAGCGAGUUCAAAGCAUUUUUCUCUUUUUUUAAAAAUACUGAUUUGUUUUUUUUUGUGUUGAAAUGAUCGAAAAGAAAAAGAAAGCUAACUCGAAAAAUUAAACUUCACGUUUUUGAUUUUGGUGGAUUUUAGGCAACUGUGCUCGAUUCCCUGGAAAGUCUGCGUUUUUUGGCAGCUCGCCAACCCGCGAGGUCCCUUCAGCCGUUCAUUCAGCCGGUUACUGUAGCUCUGAACAAAUUGCUCGCUCACCGAAAACGUCUCAUUCGACAGAGAGCUGCCGCCGUCAAAAACACGUGGUAUGUAGAUUUUCAAGAGAGCUUCACUAUGAUUGAGAAAUCUAUAAGCUAGACAACAAUUUCAACCGUUUCCACAUGGAAACUGGGUUAUAACUCUGAUGGACUUUUUUUCAAAAAAAGGAUAGAGAGAGUUGUAGAAAUAUUUUGAGGCACAACUGAUCGAAAGUUACUCUGAGCCAAUCUCUAUCGUACACCGUUCUCGUUAUUUUUUUGCACAUCAGUAGAAAGUUUUUGAUUACGAGAUCACUAAGAUUUAAAAAAAAAGGUUUAUCUUCUCUUUCAAUAAAAAAUUAAGGUAUAACAUUAAUUGAAUAUUUGAAAAAAAAAUUGAAGAACAUGAAUUAAUUUUUUCUAACUGUUAAUGUUUCAGGGAGACACUCGCAGAAAAGUGA